AUCCGUGGGAUGCAGGCGAACAUAUCAAACAAAGCCCUGUUCAUGAUUCCGCUCGUUUUCAAAUAGGCAUGCGCGAUUAGAACUCAGUCAGAUCAAGGGCUCCGCUCUACAGUGUGAUUGAAAUUUAAGGCAAUGAUCCCUCUUUAGCGGAGGCUGCAUUCACGGUAAACGCUGCAUAUGUCGGCUCAAUCGGAAAUUACCUUUACAUUUAUAUUGGGAAAUCUCUUUACGCUUUAGCUUUACAGAUUGAAUAGAGCUUUGAUAAACGCUGGGAGCAAUAUCUAGAUGUUGACCCAUAUUUUAUUGAAUUUAUUGUAUAAAAAAAAAUCUAAUAAGAGAAAAUUACGGAGGUCCGGACCUCGGUGUCCUCGUAAGUAGCUAUAGCCAUCCAACAGAAGAGUAGGAUAUGAUGGAGAGAGACACCAGAAGAACAGGCCAUAACAGAAGAGGAUAGACAAAGGAGAGUAACUAACAAUGACCUAAGACAGUAAAAGACAAAACACAGAGAAAGUGACAGAAGAGAUAAAGAAUUAGCAUGUGAGGUGAAAAAGACUGUGAAAUUACUAUUAAAACAAUUAUUUAUUUUUUACACAUUUUACAACCAGGCCAGGAUUAGAGAGGAGGAGACGUCAUUGGUCUCCGUAGUGGCACCGUGGUCUAAGACACUGAAUAUUAGUGCUAGAGGCGUCACUACAGACCCUGGUUCGACUCCAGGCUGUAUCACAACCGACCGAUAUUGGGAGUCCCAUAGGGCGGCGCACAAUUGUUUGACCGGGGAGGCCGUCAUUGUAAAUAACAAUUCGUUCAUAACUGACUUGCCUAGUUAAAUAAAAAAAGGCAACGCUUGAGUUUCAAGUUUGGGAAAGCACAUUUUUACCAUAAAAAGGCACCUUUAUAAUAAAGCAUUCCAUGCAUCAUCGCAUUUGUAGACUUAUGUACGAUAGCCUACUAUUCGUAAUGUGACGAGUUGAUUGGAUAGUCAGAAUUUAGGAUAAUAAUAUAACUCAAUCACUGUUUACAAAAAAGACAGUUCAAUGCAUAGCUGGGCGCGCAUUGCGUAGAGUUCUUCAGAUACGUUUCUUCUUUGCACAGCAAAAUGUGUCUUUUUAUAAAUACGCUACAUUUCAUGCACUUCUACUACACUUGACUGGCAACAUUAGCAGCAUCUGUUUUAAUAUGAUAGGCAUAUGAGAAGGGGAGACACAAACAGUAUGACUCCAUCUAAAAUGGAAGAGGAAAUUAUUGUUUAAUACCAGACUUAAGUGGCACCGACCGACCCAACAAUGAUCAAGAGUGACUAUGCACAGUGCGCACUCACCGGGGAUAUUGCCUAUGUGCUGGUGCCAAUAAAAUAGGCCACAAGGCCUGCUGUUGUUCACUCAAUUAAGUUGAACAUUUUGAUAACUAAAAGACAGAUUAGUAUUUUCAUUGUCUUCUCUUUACAGUAAUAACCAUUUGCAUUCUAAACUAUGUUUCCCCACGAUUUGUAUUUUGACAUAUUGCAAUAUGCCAGGCUGCGCCUCUACUUUUCAUUGACAGUUGCAACUCAACAACCAUGUAUUUGACAUUUGCCACAGGGGCUUCCAAAAUUGCACAGGCUGCCUGUCCUUCUGACUGUUAGCAAUGCGAUUUAAAACAACAAAAAGUGAAUGAUCCUCUGUGGCCAAAUCAUGCUUUAGUAGCCUAUUUUGAAUGAUUGUAUUUAUUUCUGUAUAGACAGGAUUAGUAUAAUUAGGCUACAUAAUUUCCCUAGCCUUACUGACCGCCACCUAUGAGAGACCACAACCUAGAAGACUAAGAGACAGCAACAGAAGAGGGCAGAGAAAGUGAUGGAGAAAGGAAGCGGAGGGCUGAGCAAUGAGAUGCAGCUGAGCAUUGCGAUGAAGGUGAAGAGUGGGGAGCUGACCAUCGAGGAUGCCCUGAACCAGGCCAGGAGAGACAACCAAGAGCAUCUAAAGCAAAACCUGGCCACGGAGGAACAGCUAGCUUCCCAGUACAACUUCAGUGUUUACAAGUACAGCUGCUACAGAUGGCAGAAGCGCAUUCUUCAGAUUGACUUCAACACUAAAAUGGUGUGCAGCAUAGAGAAAGGCACCGUAAAGCGGCAGCUGCCCUUCCUGUGUGUUAAGAGCUGCGAUGACAGAGUUGGGGCCAAGUUCUCUGUCUCUUUCAGAGGAAGACAUGACUAUGAGCUGGAGGCCACCUCACUAGAGGACAAACACAAGAUGAUGCAGCUUGUAAACAAGAUCGUCUACAGAAACGUCUACAGCCAUCCAGUAGAGGGCAGUGAAGAGAAGUGUGAACGGCCUCCAGCACCAAAGACCCUCAUGGAGGGCCUGUUGUUCCUGCAAAGAGGAGGCUUGGCAUCGUUUAAAUGGGUGAAGUACGAGGCUCGCCUUCACCCUGGCCAGCUGAACCUGCUCCCCAUCAGCCGACGGGCGGUAGAUGGGGAGCAGUCCUUGCCAUUUGUCAUUAAUUUCUCAGACGGGGACAACAGCUUUGAGAAGCAGCACAGCUGUGACACCUUCACUCUGCUGACACACAAGAAUGAGUACCAGUUCCGGGUACCUGUGAGAGACCAUUCUAAGAGCACAGAAGCCAUCCAGAGAGAGAGGGAUGCCUGGGUCCAGGCCAUAGAUAAACUGUGCCUGGACUGGAAACGCAAGUCUCAAUCUGAGCACAUCUAUGAGGAUCCUAGGGUUACAGAUCUAAGAAUCUAUGACAAUAUCCAAUACAUUAUAGAGGAGAGCAAAUCCACAGGCAGAGAAGGCUUCAGCGUAUCAGAUCCGGUGUUGGGUGCAGCAGAUCAGAUAUCAGGGGUAGGGAAGGUGCCAAGAAUUCCUACGACCUCUCCAGCAAAAGCUGUCCUGAAAUCUCGCAGCCCUGUGAAGUCAUCUGUGAAUGUCCCUGUCCCUGGUUCUGUAGUUGUCCCUAGUCAUGUGCCUGUCCCUGGUCCUGCCCCUGUCUCUGUUCCCACCACCCUUGUGAUCCCAGCACCCUCCUUCAUCCCUAUGCCUCCUCCAUUGACCUUAAAUGAACCCAGUAGAAAACCCUUAACAGAGCGAACCAGGGCUUUUCAUUGGGAGAAAGUUGGUUCGGAUAAGGUACUACUAUGGAUGUGUUUGUUUAUCCCUAUUUAUUACACUACAUUUGUAAGCAUGUAAUAUAGUCAUGCACAUUGACAAUGUUAUAUGAUAUUGCAUUAUGUUAUAUUUCAGCAAUAAUGCACGAGUGGUGUGGUAUAUGGUCAAUAUACCACGGCUAAGGGCUGUUCUUAGGCAGGACGCAGCCCUUAGCCGUGGUAUAUUGGCCAUAUACCACAAACCCCCAAGGUGCCUUAAUGCUAUUAUAAACUGGUUAUCAACGUAAUUAGAGCUGUAAAAAUAAAUGUUUUGUCAUACCAGUGGUAUACGGUCUGAUAUACCACCGCUGUCAGCCAAUCAGCAUUCAGGGCUC